AUGUGGAAAGGCGAACCGCGUCCCCGCACUAUCCCAGCAAAGCGCAAGAUAUCAGCGGCCAGCCAAGCCCAGGAGUCCCUCGCAUCCGCUCGCGACGGGCGCAUACACCAACCAUCGCCCCUGAAACGCCGCUGUAAGAACUACAGCACGUUGACCCCCAUCCCGCCGCCCCCGCCCCCACAAAUCAUCGUCAUACCACCGAGCCCGCCCCCUGCGGCCGGACGUUCUGGCUCAGACUGCUGCAACUUCGAUUUUGUAUACUAG